AUGACGGCCGCGCUCGCCGCCGCCGCCGCCGCGAUCGCCGCCCCGAGACGCGCGCUCGCGUCGUCUCCUCCCCCUCCGCCGUCCGAGGGCGACUGCGCGGAUUGCGUCGGCGUCGUCGACGGACUCCUCAACUCGUGCCCGGGAGAGACCGAGGCGUGCGUGUCGUCGCAGAACGACGACGAGGCGCACUUCGUCGCGCCGUGGGCGUACCCGGGCGACCGCGUCGCGGCGAUGCGACGGCUCGUGGACGUCGUCGCGGGCGUCGCGCCGCGCGGGCAGCUCGCGGAGAGCGACCGCGCGAGGCUCGAAGCCGCGAGCGACGACGACGACGGCGGCGGGUGGACCCUCACCCCCGCUGGCGAGUUCACGCUCAACGCGCCGCCGCCGCCGCGCGCGGAGAUCGGCAGAGGAAGAUCUAACGCGAGGAGCGCGGCGCUCGCGAGCCGCGUGCUCGCCGCGGGGUCGUUCGCGUCCGCGGGGAGGAACGACGCCGGGAGGAACGCGAACGACGCGCCGCCGCGGCGGGUGACGACGGCGGUGGCGGCGUACGACGAAGCCGCGGGCUACGUCCGGCUGGUCGUCGUCGACGGGGAGCGCUCGAGCGAGUCCGUGGGUGCCGUGGGUGCCGUGGGUGCCGUGGGUGCCGACGUCUACGACGUCGAGUUUCUGUUCCUGGAGGACGACGAGGUGUGCGACGUGCGCGCGGCGGCGAGGGACGCGCCCAGAGGGGGCGCGUGGUCGCUGUCGUACGUGGACGGCGUGAAGGCGCGUUCUAUUUCCACACUGACUGGUCCCCGUGCGACCGCGUCGUUCGCGCGGUGGACGCCGUUCCUCGAGGACUUGGACUUCUUCGGCCCCCCGACGUUUCGUUCGUUUCUCUCCGCCCACCCCGCGUACACGCGCGGCGGCGCGAGGGCGCUGCUGGAGGGGUUGCGGAUAGGGGUGGGGUGGGAGAUCUUGCCCGUGAUCUCCGCGUUCGAUCCGCGGUUUAACAACAGCAAGCGGUUGUGGUUCGAGAGAGCGCUGACGCCGAUGUUCGAUCCGAGCGUGAUGGACACGCGGCGAGACGGGGGGCGGUAG